CCUCUCCGGAGCCGGAGGAGCAUUUCUCACGAGUCACUGGUCGUUUCCCAAAGAACAGACCUAGGAAACCGAUUGAGCCGACGGAGCUGUUUUCGUUUUGCUGCCGCUGCCACCCGCUGCAAACGCCGGUGUUACCGCCGCAGACAUGGCCUCUGAUGGCAUGGAUGAACGAUCCCCUCUUUUGUCAGCACCAAACUCCGGGAAUGUCACACCCACGGCACCACCGUACCUGCAGGACAGCAGUCCAAGAGCUGAGCUACCUCCUCCGUACACGGCCAUCGCCAGCCCGGACGCCGGGGGAGUGCCGGUGAUAAACUGCAGGGUGUGCCAGUCUCUGAUCCACCUGGACGGCAAGCUGCACCAGCAUGUGGUGAAGUGCACUGUCUGCAAUGAGGCCACGCCUAUCAAAAACCCCCCAGCUGGUAAGAAGUAUGUGAGGUGUCCAUGCAACUGCCUUUUAAUCUGCAAAGAUACAUCUCGGAGGAUAGGAUGCCCAAGGCCCAAUUGCAGACGCAUCAUCAACCUGAGCCCAGUGAUGGUCAUUCCUGAGGAACAGCCCACUCAGCCAGCCCUGCCCGUCCAACCCGAGGGUAUGCGUGUGGUGUGUGGGCACUGCGGCAACACAUUCCUCUGGAUGGAGCUCCGGUUUAACACACUGGCCAAGUGUCCACACUGCAAAAAAAUAUCCUCUGUGGGCAGUGCUCUCCCGCGGAGGCGCUGCUGUGCCUACAUCACCGUGGGAAUGAUCUGCAUUUUCAUUGGGGUCGGGCUGACUGUAGGGACCCAGGACUUCGCUAGACGCUACCAUGCCACGUAUGUGUCCUGGGCCUUCGCGUACAUCCUGGGCCUGAUAUGUCUAGUGCGGGCUUGCUACUGGGGGGCCAUUAAAGUGAGUUAUCCAGAGAACAGCUUUGCAUAGACCUGUACCCGUUGAACCAAGAGCCUUUUUACUCUAUUUCAUUUGGACGCAGCCAGUUCACAGCCAGCUGUCCCUUGUCCUCAAGAACCCAGAUCUAGUCCAGGUAAUGGAGUUUACCCCCAAAUCCUGCAAUCGGCCACCUAUGUAUUGUAAAUGAUGAAUUUUCUUCUUCUUUUUUUCAAUGUCCGAUUGGACUUAUGAGGAAAAGUUACACAUAAAUAUUUUAAUGAAGUUGCUCAGUCUUAAUAAAUGUGAUGUAUUUGGAUUGAUUUUGGGCUAUUCAGGACCAAUUCUGGCCUCCACUGGUUGGGCAAUGUUCAUGUUUAAAGGGGCGGUUCACCCAAAAAAUGAAUAGAAGUAUGCUUCCACUUAUCUAGUUCAGUACUAUCUAUCUAUCCAGAUAGUUUUGCUGAGAUGUGACAAACCUUUUUACAUUUCAUGACUUUUUUAGAUACAGUUCACCCUGAUAUAAUGGACCUCUACGUACCUUUUGGUUUCUGGUAAUGAAUCCGCUGAAAAUGUACAUUCUAAAAACUCAACAGCAACAGUUGGAACUCACCUGUGUCUGAAUUAUUCUGCCGAAGUACACCAGUACUCCGGGGCAAAGUGUCAAUUGUUUUUAUCAGUGUUUCGCCGACUGUUUGCUGUGCUUGGCUUGGAUGAAAGUGUAUAUGUUAACCAGCUGUGAACUUCAGUUAGCAAAAUUGUGCCAAGACAAUAUUGGAAAUCCUUUACCUCACAAUGUCGGACAAUGAAGAAGACGCAGACACUUUGCCCAAGAAUACUGGUGUGCUUAGACGUGCGUAAACACAGCCGAGUUCCCACAGUGAAAUAAAUAGUUCUCAGUUAGAAUGUGCGUUUUUGAGCUCUGUUAAUGUACCUGUGGCAUUAUAUUUGGAAAGAGACAUUACUGUUGAGAUUUUCUAGUGUAAACCUUCGCCAGAUUUAUUGCACUGGUCAGUUGAGAGCUAUCAUAUCAUAGCAAACUGCGUCUAAGAAGGUUGUCGAAUCUAGAAAAUGACACAUCUCAGAUAGUAUUCUGGGUAAGUGGAAAAAUAAUUAAAUUUUGGGUGAAUAGCCCAUGAAGUACUGAACCUGUUACCAACUAGACCAAAUGAUGUUUUAAGAAAUACUGCCCAUUGCACUAAGUUACACUUUUAUGCAAUUAUUCUGUUGUGUUGCUGCUAGAUUAUCCAGCUAUUGAAAGCUGAGAUGUCAUAUUUCAUGUAUCAGAACCGGCCUGUAUACAACGUGUAUUUAUGUUUUUAUUUUAAUAUACUGAACAAAUUUACAUUUGAAAUAAAUCUUUGUUAAAUCCAUCUGUGCCAGUGUCAACAAAGUUGCCGUGUCAAUAUGUGUUGGGAACGGCCAUUUCAAAAAAAGUUGGUUGUUCUAGUAUUUUAAAGUUAUGCUUGCAUUCAGUUUCAGCAAUAAACCUUUUGUUCGUCCCUUUCCUUAUGUACUGUAUAUUUUCUCUUAAAUGGCCUUCUUAUUAGCCGAUUGAAAGUGAAAUGAACAGGCCCAUGCAUGCUUUUCAUUUUCACAGCAGUGUUCUAGCUUGUCGCCCUCAUCAGGUCAUUGCGUUCGGAUUCACGCUCUGUGGCUCGUGUGUAAAUCCUUGCUGCUUACAGCCUGUUGCCUGGAUUGGCUAACUUUGAUAGCAUUACCAUAGCUUGAGUGUUGUGUUGAGUGGGCACAGUUAAUCUUCUUCUGAAUGUGAGGACACAGAAACUCUUUGUACAGAAUGAAUUCAGCAAACCGAAGCAGUAGGUUGAGUUCGAAUACGGCUUGGAUCUUUUUAAGGAUAAUUUAUCAAUAAAACUUUAAAACAUU